AUGAGUCUCAAUUAUUUCCGGUCGUCGGGCAGCCGACAGCUGCCCCAAGAGUUAUGGGGCCGGCCAACAACGAAGCCGUGGAUGCUAGCUAUCAAAACUGCUGUGGGCCUGUUUUUGGGCGUUGGCUUGCUAUAUAUUGCAAGGUCCUAUCUGCCCUCGAGCAAAGCUUCUAAGAAGGAGGAGGAAGAAGCGGUCUCAGCUAACUAUGAUCAUCCUGUGCUCAAAAAGCAUUCAAGUGCCCGAUCGUACACAACCAAGUACGCCGAAUACCCGUCGAUCAGGACAUUCUAUCACCCCCAUGCUCACGCGGAAAAACUCCAAGCCAUCGCAGACCUGCCUCUACUGGUUUUCAUCCACGGGCUAGGUGGCUCUUUACCUCAAUUUGCGCCAUUGCUGGGGAGUCUGGUCAAUGUCGCGCCCUGUUUUGGCAUUGAUCUACCCGGCCACGGCAUGUCCGCCUUCUCGCCCAAGGACUAUGAUGCCUAUACCAUUGCAGCUUUCUGUGACCUUUGGCAGACCGCCAUUCAAGGUAUUUGCGAACAGCACGGGCAUAAGAAGGUGGUGUUCAUCUGCCACAGCAUGGGUUGCUCCAUCGCCGCAAUGUUAGCAACGUCGCCUUCAUUCCCGUUGCGCGUCGAAGGCUUUGUUGGCAUUUGUCCCAAAGCCACACCCCCCUCGCCGUCAGAGACGGCGUCGGCGAGGCGAUUCUUAGCGCUCCCUGAUGUGGCGCUCAAUUUAUUGAGAGCCCUGGACCGAAGAGGAGGAGUCAAUUCCAAAAGUGUGGAGAGGAUGGCGGGCAAGGCUGCCGGUAUAGACCUUCGUCGCCAGCAGUUGGCGUUCAACAAGAGCUUGAAAACACCGGUGUGGAAACGCUCCGCACUGGGAUGCCUGCCACAGUACGACCCUUCAGGCAGAGCCACGGGCGGUCUGCCAGGAAAAGACACAUGGGCAAAAAUACAUGUUCCCCUGUUCCUCAUUGCCGGAGAGGCUGACACCGUCACAAAGCCAGCAGAGGUCACAAAGAUUGUUUCGUUCCUGAACAAGUUCGGGAAGGAGGUCAAGGGAAGUCCCGGGAGUAAACCUCUUCCUACCGACGCCACAGCACCAGCGGACACGACAGAGGAUACCUCGACUGUCGAUAAACCCGAACCGACAGCGGAUGAACGCAAGUUCGGCACCCUUCCAUCAACAAGCGAGAUGUCCAGCCACAACUCGAAGAUCGUCAAGACAGCAAUCCUGCCCUCCCCGGCAGCUCACGCCCUGAUGUACGACCACUCGACCUACCGCACGGUCGCCGGCUUGAUCGAAGACUUCCUCGCCCGCUACGUCUCCCCAGAACUCUCUCUGGGGUGGCAACUCCAGCAACUCACCACGUCGGGCAAAUGGGACGUGAAGAACCUGGAAAAGUGGCAAAAAGUCCUCCCCGUUUCAGGUGCUAUCGGCCACCCCCCAGAAUCAGGGAUAUUCCGAGCCAUGAAAACCCUUCGAGAGCAGGACGAAAUCCACACCCCCUCGGUAUUCAUCGAGAAGUGGAGCGACAAGAUCUUCGCCGUCGUCGACAUCUCCCACGACAGCCCCGUCUACGACACCCAAUCCCUCGAGCGCGGCGGGAUCCAGUACCACAAAUUCCCCACCGUCUCCAAAGUCCCGCCCACGGUCGUCGAGGUCGCCGACUUCAUCGCCCUGGUCGACCGCCUGCGCCUCGAGGAUCCUCACACCGUCGGCGGCAAGGCCAUCGGCGUGCAUUGCCACUACGGCUACAACCGCACGGGCUUCUUCAUCUGCUGCUACUUGAUCGAGAAACUGGGCUACAGGCCCCAGGACGCGAUCGACGAGUUUGCCGCCCAGAAGCCUCCCGGCAUUAAACACGAGCAUUUCAUCGAUACAUUGUUCAUGCGCUAUCAUGUGGGCUUGAAGAAGGCGCCCACUUUCGCCGACUACUCCAGACAGGGUUCGGUAUCUGAGUCGGUGCAAUCUAUAGAUUCAUAG